AUGCCCAAAGACUACCAGGAGGUCUACAGAGGGACAAAAAAUGACAUCAAAGAGAUCCCAAAGAUUGCAAAGCCAUUCAUUUCUGAGAUGAUCUUUGUGCAAACCAGCAUCACUGCUAUAAGGAAAGGUGCCUUCAGGUACAUGCCCAACCUGAUCAAGAUUUUGUUUAUUGACAACAAGAUCGAGACAGUUGAACCUGGAGCCUUUGAUAGUUUGGAGAAGCUGAGGGACUUGGAGAUAUCUGGUGCCUCGUUAGAAGAACUAGCUGUGGGCACUUUCCAAAACCUCCCAAGCUUGCAGAGGCUGGAGCUGAGAGACAGCCACAUCAGAAAUAUCCCCAAAGGCCUGUUUGAUGGGCUGGAAAAUUUGGGAGAGCUCUCACUGCGCAUCAAUACAAUCCCUUCUCUUCCAGAAGGCGUUUUUGAUUCUCUUGUCAACCUAACGUUUUUGGACCUGGCUAGAAACAGGAUCACGACUCUUCCUGGGGAUGCCUUUAGCAAACUCCCUCGGCUGCAAGUCCUCCGGCUGUAUGAGAAUGAGUUGCAGGGCCUCCCAGAGGGGUUGCUAGACAGUCAGCUGGAGCUGCUGGAGCUCAGUCUCCAGAGGAACAGGCUCAGGGUGCUGCCACCCAUGCUCCUGAGGAGCCUGUCUCACCUGGAGAAACUCUUCUUGGACAACAACCUCAUCACGGUUCUCCCACCUCAGAGCUUUUUUGGUUUAAACAAAUUGAAGCUGCUGACUCUGGGUUCAAACCACAUUACGGAGCUCCUUUGCUGCCUUUUUGACACCAUGCCACAUCUGCAGGAGCUGGAUCUGGGCAGGAACAGUUUGACCACACUUCCAGACAGCAUCUUUGUCAACCUCACGUCUCUUGGCAAGCUAAUCUUGUCCCACAACCAGCUAGCAGCCCUACCAAGAGGUGCCUUCACUGGGCUCAGCAAGCUCUCGGACCUCCAGCUGGACACAAAUAAUCUCUCUGCUCUGGAUGAUGAUGUCUUUGCUUCUCUCCCAAAUCUGAAAACCCUCAGCCUUCAGAAGAACCAGCUGGAGAGUCUCCCCCAAGGUCUCCUGGACCCCCUGAAGAAGCUCAGCUCAGUGUAUUUGAGUGGGAACCCAUGGAGAUGUGACUGCAACCUCUGCUACCUGCACAGCUGGAUCCUGGGCAACAGUGAGAAGGUCAAAUUGUCCACCCAAGUGUCAUGCAAGAGUCCACCCCACCUGGCAGGCUCCUUUUAG